AUGGCAGCCAGCGACUCUGGGUCGGAUGACUCACUUUAUCCUAUUGCAGUACUAAUAGAUGAGUUAAAAAAUGAAGAUGUUCAACUGAGAUUGAAUUCUAUCAAGAAACUUUCAACAAUAGCACUUGCUCUAGGCGUCGAGAGAACUAGAUCUGAGCUGAUCCCGUUUCUGACGGAAACGAUUUAUGAUGAAGACGAAGUACUCCUAGCUCUUGCUGAACAACUAGGAAACUUCAUAAACCUCGUGGGUGGUUGUGAAUACGCCCACUGCUUACUUCCACCCCUGGAAACACUUGCUACUGUUGAGGAGACUGUUGUUCGUGAUAAAGCUGUGGCUUCAUUGAGAGCGGUGUCGGCUCACCACUCACCUCAAGCCCUGGAGCAGCACUUUGUACCAUUGGUUCAACGUCUGACUGGCGGAGACUGGUUCACUUCUAGGGCGUCUGCAUGUGGCCUAUUCAGUGUCUGCUACCCCCGUGUAUCGGCCCCUGUGAAGGCAGAGCUCCGUGAGAACUUCCGCUCGCUAUGUCAGGACGAUACUCCGAUGGUCCGCCGCGCUGCCGCCUACAAGCUGGGCGAGUUCGCGAGGGUGGUUGAAGUCGAGUAUGUGAAGAGCGACCUCAUACCCAUGUUCGUUACUCUGGCUCAGGACGAGCAGGACUCGGUGCGGCUGCUGGCGGCCGAGGCGUGCGCCGCCGUGGCCGCGCUGCUGCCGCCCGAGGACAUGGAGCAGCUCGUCAUGCCCACCGUGCGCGAGCGCGCCGGCGACUCCUCCUGGCGCGUGCGCUACAUGGUGGCCGAGAAGUUUGUGGAACUCCAACAAGCAGUGGGCCCCGAACUAGCUCGUACAGACUUAGCACAGAUAUUCCAGGCUUUGUUAAAGGACACUGAAGCUGAAGUACGAGCUGCGGCCGCUGAGAAAGUAAAGGACUUCUGCAUGAACCUCGACAAAGCCCACCAGGAACAAAUCAUCAUGACCAUGAUACUGCCACAGAUCAAAGACUUGGUCUGUGACCCUAACCAGCAUGUGAAAUCUGCCCUUGCCUCCAUAAUCAUGGGACUGAGCCCCAUCGUCGGUAGACAGAACACCAUCGAACACCUCCUGCCCCUUUUCCUUACACAAUUAAAAGAUGAAUGCCCUGAAGUCCGACUGAACAUUAUAUCAAACCUUGAAUGUGUAAAUGAAGUAAUCGGUAUACAGCAACUAGUACAAUCCCUUUUGCCUGCAAUUGUAGAGCUCGCUGAAGACACGAAAUGGAGAGUCCGUCUCGCAAUCAUCGAACAUAUGCCACUUUUAGCCGGCCAACUGGGACAAGAAUUCUUUGAUGAAAAACUCACCGGCCUCUGUAUGUCCUGGCUUAUUGACCAUGUAUAUGCUAUCCGUGAAGCGGCAACAUUGAAUCUAAAGAAACUCGUCGAACAGUAUGGAGCAUCAUGGGCUGAAACAAAUGUUAUACCAAAAGUAUUAGCAAUGUCCCGCGAACAGAACUAUUUGCACCGAAUGACGUAUCUGUUCUGCAUCAAUGUACUGUCAGAGGUCUGCGGCAAGGAUAUAACGACAAGAGUACUUCUGCCAACAGUUUUGUCGAUGGCCGAUGACAAUGUUGCCAAUGUUAGGUUCAAUGUUGCUAAAACCCUACAAAAGAUGGCGCCAUAUUUAGAUCCCGCUGUGAUUCAGCCUCAAGUCAAGCCAGUUUUGGAGAAAUUAAAUGUUGAUCCAGAUGUCGAUGUGAAAUACUUCGCCUCAGAAGCAAUCGCCGGUAUAGCUGGUUAAUUUUUCUCACCGUAACUUUUCUAUUUUGUAUUUAUUCCAAGCGAUCGUUACACGAAGACCUGUGUUACUGUUUACCAGCGCGUAUUGUUUUCAUUCCAGUGUUAAACUCAAUAGACAACACUUCAGGCGGCAUUUAAUUUGCACAUAUUGAAAUUGUAAACAAAUUUAAUAUAGAUAAUAAAAUCCA